AUGCAAUAUUGUGCAGGUUAGUAACACUGGGGUUGAGGCGUUUGUACCAGAAAAUAGAAGAAAAGUCAAUGUUACUGAAAAUUUGUAAUUACAUGUAACAACAAAUGCUGAAAAGAAAAUAGAAUACCUUAUUAUUUAUUUGAUAAAGUGCUCAACCUCAAGUAACUGCCCACCUCCAAUAACCCUCCACCUUAUAUGCAGAAAAAAAAUGAAUUAUCUCCUAACCUUGAAUAAGUGCCUACCCCAUACCAGCUAGAUUGAAGAAGACUAAGUUCUACUAAAUUAAGAGACCAAGUUUUCUUAGUACAGUAUUUUAAAGAAACUUUCAAUGAACAGUUAAAAAUCUGCUUUGGAACUCAAACAAAAUUACUCUAUCUCCAACAAAAUUACUUUUGGUGAAAACUGUGAGAAUUCAUUAAACAGCCAGCCCAAAUACACGUAUUAAAGUGACCAACUUGAAUAAUAGCCCACUCUCAAGGUGCAAAACUUUAGUGAGCACCCAGGCAAGGCACUUAAUCAAAUAAAUAUGGUAUUUUGUUAUGGGACCUCUUCAUUGUAGCGGUACAUGCAGUCACUUUUUCCAGUAGGUGUAGUGCUUGAUUUAUAAACACACAAGCUGUUUUAUAAAAACUGCUUUGACAAAAUAGAUUUGCAAUUAUUGAGAAUCUAUUUCAUACCAAUACAGCAUUACAUUUCAUUUCACCCUUCAUUAAUUCGGUUUUGCUUUUUCAAAAACACUGUAUCUCAGCUCCAGGUUUUGUCCAAAUUACCUUUAGUUAAAAUGUUUUGUGCAUUUAAGAUAGACAAUAUUAUUUUGAACUACUGUGCAAAUUAACCUUUUAAAAAAAUAAUGUAUGAAAUAGCUGCACGUAUGAUCUGGAGAUAGUUUAUCUACAGUGCAUAUGUAAACUGCUUUUAAUAGACCUUUUUACCGAUACAGCAGCCAUAUUGAAUUAAUUCGAUUUAAGGAGUAUUAUAGGAUGGCCAGGGGGCAUGAGCACAUUUAGUUUGUAUUUUGGAGUGCUUUUCGGGACAUUUUUUCGCAAAGUUUUCUUAGAAUAAGAUUGUAAUGGGAAAAAAGAUCCUUGUGCCCUGUUUGGAUGUAAUAAUGAUCGCCUUUUUCUAGUUUAGCAUUAGAAAUAUGGUCUUUCACCGUAUAUUUCUUUUGAAAAAGGUGAUCAUGAUUACAUCCAAACACGGCACAAGGAUCUUUUUUCCCACUAGAAUCUUAUUCUAAGAAAACUUUAAGAAAAAAAUGUCCCGAAAAGUGCAAAAUACAAGCGAAAUGUGCUCAUGUCCCCUGGGCAUCCUAUAACACUCCUUAAAUUGAAUUAAUUCAAUAUGGCCACCGUAUCGGUAAAAAGGUCUAUUAGUACCCUUAUUUUGUUCGGCUGUUGAUAAUAAUAAUGUUAUUGAGGACAAUCACCUGUCUUUUUCCUUCAAUUCCCAAUUUAUUUUUGUGCAUGCUUCACAGCAGGUAUGUCAAUGCCAGAAAUUUCAAACCCGUUGAAUUUUUUGGGUGGCAACAAGCUACCUUAAACUUCAAAGACACUUUGGAGGAUUCUUGCUGAUCUCAGCAAGACUGUUCUUUGAAGUGCAGUGCCAACUCAAUCCCAGAAUUAUUUAUGUUUUUUCAGUUAAACCUCCAGGUCUUCAGAAUAGUACCCAGUGCUCCAAAACAAAAGGGGCAACUUUUACACCUUCAUCUUCCACAAGUAGUAUCUUCAUGCCAGAUGAAGAUACUAAGUCUUGUUUUGUUGACUAUACUUGUUGUUGAUCUCUUGUUCGAUGUCCACCCUUUUGUCACAAGGACAUGCAAUAUUAGUGAUGAGGCAAUUUUUGUUCUGUUGGUCCACACACGAUGUCAAGGCGAUUGUGAUCCAGUUUCAUUUCUGUUUAUAUACAGAAAUCCGAAAGAAAUUUGAAAGUGUUAUUAUCCUUAACAUCACAUUAUUAUUAUCAUUAUUAUUGUUGUGGUUGAGGAUGUUAUUAUAAGCAUGGGUAGUAAAGAGGUUCAUACACAUGUACAAAAACAAGCUACCUUAACCACUAUUUUGGGCACUAAUUUGUGGUUAUUGCUCACUUUUUUCAAUGACUGUGCUUUGCAGAUUUUAGUAAAACAGAUGAAGGUGCGAACAGAUGGUUGAGGAGACCCUGCAGCAGCUAGAUGCCAGCUCCUUGGUUAAUUCUUCGAAACCCCAGAGUUUAAGGAGAUCCACCUACAAGCCAACCACCCUUUAGUUCACAUGCAUGGCCAUUGUCGUUGAUUAGCAGUGGAGCUAGUUGUCACACCAGUACAUCCUCCUCCACUGCAGCCUCCCUCCCCACAUUCUCCUUUACUUUAAGGAGUGACAGUGAUGAUGAACAUAGGAUGGAGAAUGGAUGGAUUACUAUCUAG